AUGCUGGGCGUCGUCCUGUCGACCCACGGAGGCAGCGGCACGCUCCUGGGUUUCUUCAUCGGCCUCAGCAACGCCAUGAUGUUCCUGGCGCACUUCAUACUACUCUACGCACCGUUCGGACUGUUCUUCGCCACGGCAGCCUAUGUCGUGCAGACGCGCAACCUGCAGUUCAGUGACUUGUCGUGGCCGCCAUUUGCCGCGGUAUAUGCCGACCGUGCACUCUCGAACGAACGAAACGAAGCCACUCGGGAGCCUUCUCCGACGCCGCAGCCCCUGGCCUCCUACCUGGCGCUGUACCUGUUCACGGUGGCGCUGUCGCUGGUCGUGCACGCGCUGGUCGUGCUGCCCUUCGUGCUGGCCACCGCCACGGGGCGCAGCUUCCGCGGGCUGCUCCAGAACGCGGCCACCCCGCUGGCGGUGGCGUUCGGCGCCGCGUCGAGCAGCGAGACCGUGCCGCCCGCCAUCGCCGCGCUCGAGGAGCGCCUGAACCUCGACACCAGGAUCGUGCGGCUCCUGGUUCCCAUCGCGGCAGUUAUGAACACAGAUGGCACCUCAAUCUACAUCACCAUCAGCGCCCUGUUCUUCGCCCAGACGAAGACUGACUACGUUGAUCUUCGCACGGUCGUGCUUGUCUGCGCCCUGUCUGUGCUGUGCAGCAUGGCGGCGCCCACGACAGGCGGUCCGAGUUACCUGAGGCUCCGUCUGAUCCACGAAGCCGUCGGAAUGCCGACGGAUACCAUCGGGAUUCUCUUCAUCACAGACUGGAUUGUAAGCCGCCUGGCGACCGUGGUGGACGUGCUUACGGGUCUCGUCAGCGUCUAUGUGGUGCAGCACUAUUGCGGCUUGGAAGAACAGCCCACCAUGGAGGAUGCGAACAGGGACAUCCCGCCUUAGUAGUGUCCUCUCGAUGAGAGCGCACUGCCAGGAAACACUCACUGGCGUCUUGUCAGUGGUUUAAUGUGAUACCCGUGAUAAGAGUUCUAUACACUUUUAAUGCAAACUUCUUGAUUUAGUCAUUGAUUGAUUGAGUUUAAUAUUACAAAGCACCAAUGGGGCUUAGGUUCCGCAGUGGAGAAUUUCGAAUUUUCUUUAUUUAUUUUACUUGUGUCCGAUGCGUGGUACACGAAUCUGGAGUCCAUCACGCGACCACAUGCUCAGCAGCAGAAUGUCAUUGCCGCUGCGCGCCACCGUAGUAAUUGAUUGAAUGAAGAGCUGUACACAUCUGCCAAAUUUUCCGUGCCUCACGAAUAACGGAUUUGCGGGGCCUGAAGUGAGUAGCGCCUGGCCUGGCUCACUGCGCUGUAUUUAUUUAUGUUCUCCACAAAGCUUGCCCUACAGCAUAAACGAUUAAAUGUGUAAACGUAGGCCGGUUUCGGCGAUCUACGUCAGUAGCGCUCGAUGGUUGGUCUCGUAGAACCAAGCAUCAUGGUCCGGUUGUCUCGUGGGAUGAAGGCCCACUGCUUGCAGGUAGUGCCGUCGGAUUUGGUUUGGGAUAUUUUGACCAGCGUAUGUCUAAAUGCGCUGUACUUGCAAAACUCGCUAAGAUUUCUCCGCUCCUGAGCUUGCUUCCGUUGCCUCACACAACGAAACGAGGCACUUUGCAUUGCCAUGAAGUCUGGAAGGCUUACGCGGCUUCGCUGGAUGUUGAAUGAUGUCGUGUAAUCUACGUAUAUAGCUCCGGGUAAAGUAGAUGGACUUGACAAAUAUGAGACAACGUACGCCUAGCGCCUGCCAUUGAAUAGGGCAUCGAUAUGGCAGGCUUGCCGAAGGUCGACUUGACCUUCCUGUUGGCUAGCUCAUUCCAAUAAAUUCCAAAAUUUUUCCAAGCCCUUUAAAAUAGCGUGCGAUGCGCCCAUUCUUCAAACCUCACUGCUGACUCGUAUAGCCCGGCCACACGAGCAACCAAGUCAUUAUUUAAAAUAUAAUCAAUGUCCUUUGGGGCUGUUUUCGUUCGUCUUUCGAGGCGGCUCGUAGACGAUGAAGUGAACUGCCUCGCGGAUGGCCACAACCUCCGCAACCGUGGGCGUUUUCCUGUGGUCGAGUUUAACGCUUCGAGGAACGUGAAGAACUUAAACUUAGAAAACAUCCGUAGAGGCGUUAAAAGAUCCUGAUCCGUCAGUGGAAACGUGAGCUAUAGAACGUAUUCUACAGAAACCAGUGACAAGGUGUAUUCCUUCAUACCACAUAAUAGCGACCGUAAUGUUUUAGUGAUGUGGGGAGCAGAAAGUUGUGCCAGAGGUCUUUGAGCAUCCGUGUGCUAGAAACCUUAACUCGGCUGACGCGCACAUCGCAAUCGAUUCUUCUUGAUGAGGAAAACGAACUGUCGAUUCCUAUCGUUUUUUUGUUUUACAAAAAGCUUCGUGUUCAAGGCUAGAAAAGUAGCUUUGGUGGUUCGGCCUAAACAUAUAUGUGAUACGUCAUUGGGUGGCCCUACAAGUCUGCUAUGCAUGUGUGAAGAAGCGUUGAAAUCCGGGCCAGUUGGUACAUAGUUGAAGGAAAAAACCAGUCACAAAAUACAAAGGACGUUGUGGUGUGAACCUCUCUUCUUGUUCGUUGUGUUUUGUGACUGUUUUUUUUCCCCUUCAGCAUGUGUGAAGUUACGAAAAGGUAUUUUUUAAACAUGAAUUAGUUUUCGAAUUUUUGCGUCAACACUGGCUUCUCGCCGAUGUGCUCCCAAGCUUGCCAGCCGGAACCGACGACAAAGUUGGCUUCGUCUCCAAAGCAGAUGACAGGGAAGCGGUAGUCUGCGUUUUAUUGCCAAGAGACGCACGCUCUAAAGCAGUGUGGCUUGUGUUUGGUGUACUUGAGGCGAGCCAUGCAGCCAUUUGACGAGAAAUAGUAAGACGUGUUAAAUUCUGCAGACUUAAAAAUACGUUUCAUACAGUUCAGAAUAAGAAAUGUUUGCUCAUAAGUAGCCAGUAAAUCUAGAAAGAGUGCUGAUAUCGCGUUCACGCAAAGCUCCUUAAAUGACAUGUCGCACAUGCAUCGCGACAUGUGAUACAGUGUGCAGGGAGCAGUACACUUUCCUGGUACCCACCGAGUGUCAUGAAACGAUGCAAGUAGAAAACACCUUCAUAAUUACAAUUGAAAGCCUACACGGGCAUGAACAAAGUAUUCUGGUGUUGGCCUGUUUGGGCUGAUUUGCUCGGACGUGGUUGACGUCCACAUUUCCCAUUCAUUGAAAGAAAACAAAAAUAUGAGUCCAGGCUGCAGCGCUUGGCAUCGCUUCCUUUUGUAUCGAAAAAAAAAAUUAAAGAAAAAAGCCAGUCACAGUUUGUUGAAUGGUUUCUCGGGCUCAUUUUAUAAACACUUUGUCCUUGCUAGACGACAAGGCUUCAUAUAUAUUUACGUUGUCUGCGCAAUCCACGUACGAACGUUAAAAAAGAACUGUCACGUUUGAAAAGUACCUUUUUUGUAACUUCUUAUUUGCAUAGGAAAUACGUAGGGCUACGUAAUGAUGUAUCGCAUAUAUUUUCAGGCCGACCAACAAAGUAACCUUUUUUGAACUUGAAGACAAAGUUUUUGCAAAAAGUUGGAAAUUUACCGUUUCUUCUUUUCAAGCGAUCUGCUGAACCUUAAACCUUAAGAGCUUCAAAUAUUUUUAUGUUUCACUAUGUCAACCGGGCUACCAUUCUAUAUCUGCAUUGUGGCUUCUGGACUUUCCUGCGUUGCAAGAAAAACAUUCAAACUUUGCAAUUUCACUCGCUUUUGCCGGUACCGAAAGCACUCGAAGUGUUCACAAAUGUGAAAAUAAUGGCCAUGUUGGCAGUGAAACCACUUCAUUUUCUUGAAAUACACGCCACCUGAAUGUCUGGAUACAAUUUCCGUGUGCAAUAUAUA